GAGACACAAGAGAGAAAUGGAAAAAUCGCGGCGGACAUUUUGAAGGCAAAAGUGAGUUUAAAGGAAAUUUUAUUACGCUCGAAGUCAAGUCAAUAUACACCAAAACUGGACUAACUAAUCGGAAAUCAAUGCCUGAAAGUGCAAGGUUUAUGUGGUGCAUGUUAUCUCGUUUGAAAGUGAAGUAUUUAGGAUGAAAAGUUGAAUGUAAAAAUCUCCAAAGGGUGCCCGUCGCGGAUUUCAGUCGACGACGCAGAGGAUUUUUUCUCACCUCUUCUCCACUCGCGCCCUGCUCUGUAGUGUGUGUAUUGUGUGUAGCGAGGCAUUCAUCGUCCAACUCAAUCAAUCAAACCGUGAAGAAGGAAAAGACUUUUUUUAGGACAGAGUAACGUAAAAAAGUCUACAGUGUGACUCAAUUGUGCGACGGGAAGGCGGAGGAGUAAAACUGGAUAACUUCCGGAUGGCACGAAGCGCGUGAACGACGAGAUUUCUGUCCUCCAGGUUAGGUCGUACCCGUGAAAAAGAUUUCACGAUUGAUGGACUUUGGGUUUCUCUUAUGAAGAGUCCUAUUGUCUACGGAACAGUGUCGCUCAGAGAUUGUACGAAUGAAUUAUCGGAGGGGACAGCGUGUCACCUAAGCCGUUCAGCUAGAGACAGCCGUAUCGUGAGUUUGUUUCAAUUUUAAAUUCAAUUUUUGCCUAAGAUGGAUCCAUCCGGUCCAUGGUCGUACAGCUAUAACCGUCAGCCGGGCGCAGCCAGUGGUGAGUUCCAUCACCACCUUGCGACGGCAGCCGCAGCUGGCGGUAUCGGAUUGGCUGCUCACAAUACCACCGUUGGUGCGCCAUCGACCACAUCUCAACUACUGCUACAAGCAGCCCACACAACAUCGCUCGGGACCUCGUCGGGCCCGUUCAAUCCAACAGGAUUUCUAUCAACGCCGGGAGUCAGUUACGAUGCAGUGUUCACUCCACUGUUCCAUCCCGCAGCCAACCCAAAGCCUGCUCAUUACAGCUCGACCAUCAACCAGCAUCGGGUGUUGGCCCAAGCGCAGGCCCAGGCCGCAGUAAAGCAAGUUAACGAACCCGAAACUGUACGGGACAACUACACUACACAACAAACCUUAGCGGCUGCUGCUCAAGUCGCCAAUUUUUACGAGCAGCAGCAACAGCAACAGCAACAACAGCAAACAUCUAAUACCAGUGCAGCAAGUAGCGGCUCCGCUUCAACCAGUGGCUCCUGGCAAGGCAACCCAAGUCCUUUCGGCAUUAUGCCACACGAGAAUGUCGUCCAAUCGAACCCCGUUACAUCGGCGCCAUCAAAAACCACUACUUCUACGUACGAGAACUUCAACGCACAUUUCACCAACUUGAACCAACUCAACACCCAGCUGGCAAGCAAGGCGUCAGCACGAUCAGCUUCACCCGCAGUCAACAGUGGAAACAGCAGUGCAGGUGCAGCCAAAGCCGGUACUAACUACUUUGCUUCGUCCAACACCAGCAGCAAUCAGCAGCAGUAUGGUGGAGUGAACGAAUCUCUAUCAAAUUAUUCCACCCAACAGCAGCAAGCCAGUAAACAACAAAUGGAAUACGGCGGUACUAGUAAGUCAUUGUCGUCCAACUCCGGUUCAGGCAGUAGUUCGUCUUCGCUUCAGCAGACCUCUUCAUCUUCUUGCAUUGUUAUUACCCCUGUCUCCAGUUCCAUCAAUUCCUCAUCUUCCCUAGCAUCUCCCCCGGCAAAAGAACAAAAGUAUCAAUCCCGUAUCAUACCAUCCCAAACGCCUCUCGUGAAUUCCUCCAUUGUGUACGCGGCUCGCAAUCAUAAUGCCCAUCAUGCAGCCGCCGCAGUCACCAGUUUGACUGAUCCAAAAACCCGGCUAUUAUCGGCAGGUUUGCAGACGCAGCAGCAACAGCAACAUCAGAUCCAGCAGCAGCAACUUCAGCACAAUGCGCACUAUCUGCUGCAGAUGAAUAGUUUCUUAGUACCACCUUCGGCUGCAUCGCCUCCGACGGCACUAAAUAGUGACAAAAUUGUACAAAAGUCCUCUAACCAAUCGAAAUCAAUCGGUGGCGGAGGAGGAGGUGGAGGUGGCCAAUCUGCCACGAUAAAAACUGAUGGCCAACAUACUGUAAUUAGUCACCAACCCCAGUCCUCACCAAUUAGCUACUCGAUCACCGAUAGCAACGGACGAGCGAGUAGUAAUUCUUCCUCUACAUCCGCUUCGGUGGCGACAUCUGCUAAAAUAAAUAGUCCCCUUAAUCGUGUCAAUAACAAUAGUAAUAAUAGUAAUAUUUCUAGGAAUAAUAGUAACAGUAGUAGUAAUCAGCAGCAGCAAUAUCAACAAAACAGUGCCUCUAAUAGCUAUAGAUCUAAUUAUAAUCAGUUGAGCGUAUCUGGUAGCAGCGCUGAGUCCGUUGAUUACGGUCGCAUCAACAAACGUGAGUCCCAUCAGCUGCAGCAGCAACAGCAACCGCAACAACAACAGUAUUCGAAUGCUUCACUAUCUCGUCAUAAUAUGCCUCCAUCGCCAGCAGCUUCCGAUUACAGUAGUAGCUCUGGGACGUUAUCGAGGCGCCCAUCUUCGCCCAAUCUUACCCAUUCUCAAGCUUCCCCGAUCGGACACGUGUCCAGUCCAGCUUAUCCCAUGUACAACAGCCCGAUGGGUAAUGCGCUAUCAUCCCCGAAACACCAUACCCAGCAUUCGUCAAAUCUUCAAACUGCGGCGAUUCGUUCUCCAUCGUCGAAUCUAUCCCGACAGCCACAACCCCAACCACAAUCUCAACAACAACAACAGCAGCAACAACAGCAACAAGCACAACCACAACAGCAAGUGGCCUAUUCGUCUGUAAUAACACGCACUCAACAACCCCAGCAACAAAAUCUUCCCCAACAGCAGCAACAACAGCCACAUGUACCCCCGAUUCAGGUUCCUUCAUUAAGUCAUUGGAACAAUCGUAAUGCAAAUGAGCGGCUACAGCCGGAACGAAAUGAUCCGAUGACAAUAGUGAAAAAUCUUCAACAACCGAGCAUCAUUUCUCCAACCCCUGAACGGCAAGUUGCUCCGCAAGUAACGCCUGAAAAGACUGAAUCUAAGUCGAGACGAAAAAAGUCGGAUACCCCCACCAGAAUCAUACCGAUGGCAAGCGUGGCAAAUGGGGAAUUCAAUGUAAAUACGACGAUAACUUCGAAUGCUGGAAAUUCGCUGGGUUCAGGCAGUAGUCAGACAAGUACAAGUGGUGCUGGUAGUGAAGCAAACUCGAAAGACAACAGUAAUACGCUGGAUUUUGACCGGUGGAACUUGGCACCACCACCGGCUGGAACCACAAAAAUGUUCGCAAAUAGUAAUUUUAUACCUCAAACACCCUCCACGCCCUUCAUUCCUCCUCCCCAUCCGAUCUACUAUCCAGCUUUCCAUGGUCCGAUUCCUUUAAUACCAAAUGAGAUUAUCAGCAAUACUCUCGCAGCAGCUGUCAGCAGUAAUCUCGACACUCCAACAUAUACCACUUUGCUUAGUGCGUCGGACAGCACUAGUUUGGCUACAUCUGGCAAUAAUAACAAUAAUAGUAGUACUGGUCGCGGAGGCGAAGACGAACGACCUUCUUCUAAUGUUGACAACAGCAAUAAGGUUGUAGUCCCAAAUAUAGAGGAAGAACUUGGAUUUCUUACAGAAAACUCGCGAACAAAUUCUCAGCAGCAACAGUCGCAGUCGCAACCGCAGCAACAAACACAACAGCCGAAUCAACAGCAGCAGGGUGCUUCCAAUGACGGUGCCGCGGGAAAUAAUGGUGUUGCACCCCCUAAGAAGUUCAACGUUCCACCUAAAGAAUCAAAGGGCUUCAUGGGAAGUUACCUGAAGUUCUUACAGGGCGAACGAGAUACAUCUCCGCCGCCGGCAAGCAGGAGCAACCGUAAGACCACGUGGUCUCGACCCACUCCUACUCCUGCAGCAAACAAGACCAAUGCUGCUAAUAAUGCUGCCAAUAAACAGACCCCUGCUAACCAACAGCAGACACCGCAGCAACAACCGCAGCAACAGCAACCACCGCAAGCGACGCCCCAAGCCCAACAGGUGGCACAGAAUGUUAGUAAUGGUAUGCUAUAUACCGACCAAUACAUGUCUAAUUUCCAUAUUCCAAAUCUGCAGCAAAAGCAGCCGGCAAAUGUUCAACAGCCACAACAACAGCAACAACUACAACAGCAGCCUGAUCCCCGAUACGCUCCGUAUACAACCCCAAAGGAUAACCGGAAACGCAAGUUCGACACCGCAGAAGCUGCCGAUCCCUUGAAUGUUCCCCAGCGUCGCCAGACCUCGAAUCGGAAGGCCAAAGCGAAGGCUAGCAACAUUCAGCAAAUGAUUGAUCGCGGCCAAGGUACCGGUGGACUAGAACAACUGGAGGACGACUUUGCUGGCGACUCUGACUCGGAUCCAGCCUGGACGCCUCAAGACAAAGAGGAUGAUGACGAAGAGCUAGAUAUGAUGGGCCGCAAGAAAGGGAAAAAAUCUAAAGCUAAUCUCGGAAAACAACGGCCACGAUCAAACAUCCUGUCAGUGGCUGCGGCUGGCGCUGGAAUCGCAGACUUUGAUUGCGGAAGUGAUAACGACAAUAGUAUCGCUAGUAGAACUGGAGUCGUUGCCCAGCAAGCAAUAUCAAAUCUCCAACAACAACAGACGCUGCAGCAACAGCAACAACAACUUCAACAACAAAUUCAGCAGCAACAGCAGCAACUUCUACAGCAACAACAACAACAGCAGCAGCAACAACAGCAGCAGCAGCAGCAACAACAGCAGCAACAGCAACAACAAAUGUACCAACAGACAGCGAACCUUUCAGCAACCAAUCAGAUCAUGCAGAACCAGUAUAUCCAACAACAGCAACAACAACAGCAAAUUCAGCAAUACAAUACUGCAACAGUGGGUCAACAGCAGCAACAACCACAGCAGCAGCAACAACAGCAGUCAUCUGCCAAUAAUGAUGAUUUCCAGACCGGUGAUUUCGUAGUAAUCCGUUCGGAGCUUGUACAGGACUACCCUUCGGUUUGGCGGGUAGACGGUAAAACGUUGUUACAAAAGUAUGAACCAUUCGAUCAGAAUGGAAAAACGCUACAUCGGAACGUGUCAACGUAUGCUGCAUGGAAUGCUGAAAGUAAGAAACUCUACGUGAAGAUCCCGGUCCGCUUCCGUGUGCACAACCAUAUGGAAUCCGUCGUAGAGUUUAUGCGUAACGAGAUGUCUAUUGACGAUACGGAACAGUUCCUGGAGAAGUCGAUGACCGAAACCAAAAUCUACCAGGACGUAUUCGAGGUGUACAUCCAAACACUGAUCUCACAGGCACUAGAUUCCAACUUCCUGAAGGAAAUUUUCCAAGAGCAAGAUGACUAUUUCCUAUCGCGAGUUCAAACCAUCGAUAAUCUUACCGAAGACAGGAAGCGACGACUGAUUCAAAUUACGCCAUGGUCGCGAAACAUGAUCAACUCGAUAUCAACGUUCCCCGCCUAUGACAUCAUGACCGAGCUUGGCCACACAAAUAUGAACCAUCCGGUGUGCGUGGCAUGUCAUCAGCCGGGAAUAUCGGUGCGUAUUGUUCUCCAGGGUCAAACGUACAACUCGGCGACGCUGGCUCCCUGUCAGAUCCAGGACAACCGCAUUCAAUAUGAGAAAAAUUUCCUUCUCUGUCGCAUUUGUUCCUCCCGCUUCGAGCUGUUGCACAAAAUUUGCCAUCAGAAGUAUAUGAUGUUUGUAGAGUGUGCGAAACGAGUCAACCAACAAAUUUCCAACGAUUCCUCCAAAGCAGCGACAAUUAUUUUGAACGAACUGCUAGCCGAUGAACACUGGUUAACUAUGCUAUUCAAAGAAGUUCGCAGUAUUUGGGCGGAGAUCGAAAAUAUGGAACGUCAGUACCGGUUCCAGGUUGCGUCCCAAUGAGAUAAGGGAAAAGCGGCAAUAAAACCAGCAUAGCAUCUUCAAAACGAAAGUAAUACAAGCUGAACACGUUGCACACGCAAAAGGGACAUAAGUCCUCUGAAGUCAUCCAUGAUGAGUAUAUAUUAUUACUAUAGAAACGUAGAAUGCAAGUAAGACACAAAAUCAGCAUUGAACACAGUGAGAGCCACAGAAUUACUCGCUAGAACCUAGAAUCCAUACACAUUAACUUAACAAUAAUUCACUCAAAGGCAUACACCGGCGACGCAACACUGCACUUAAUUCAACAAGGAGAAGCAUGAGCUGGUGGCACGUAAGACCAUAUUUAAGUAAACUUUUUACUAUGACAUCCUUACAGAUGGCCGAUUCACAUACAUCAUAACGUAUGCAACCAUUUCAAUCAUUAAUAGAUGUUAGCUCAUUUCUCCUGUAAUACUGUAUUCCCAUUUUUUUUACAAAGAUGAGCGACUGUUUUCAUUUAUCACUACAAAUAUUUUCGGUUACAAAAGGAGCCUAAUAUUUGAGUCAAAGGCAAGGAAACGGUACCCUAUUUUUGGUUGUUAAAAUUCUGAAAACAUGCGAGACUAAACUUAACAAAUAAAAACACACUGAAUUCGCUUAUAGUUAUGUAUUUUUAUAUUGAACGAAAUGCAUUAGUACAUUACUUGUAAGUCAUCUAUGUACUAUAAAAAGUAAUAAUAAUAUCUGGAAGAAAUCAAAUAAAAAAUGGUAAAUAAUUUCAAGAGUCAA